GUCUUCGAGGCUCCAAAAUGGGAAUGCUACCUCACAAAACUGUCAGAGACCGUGAGAUGAUGCCCGGGGAGCAAGUUGGUAAACUAAGCAUGACGGCUGGGGCUGUAGCUCAAAAGUAGACUUCCCUCAAGUGGUUAGGGGAUCUGGAAACCAAAAUCCACUCCCUCCCUACCCCCAGCCGGAAGAGGGCUCAGGGUUGUAAGUGCUUUUGGUGGCCUGGGAUGAGCCCUGCUUCCCUCAUUUCUGAUUGGUCAGCUUAGACAGAGAAAAGUGAGUUAUCAGCUCACAGCCCUUGUCAGGCAGGUCAGCUGGGAGGGAUCCCACCAUGGGGAGACAGAUGCCUGCUGGGUCUUUGUCAUAGCUUGAAGGGCAGGUUAGCUGGGAGGGAUCCCACCAUGGGGAGACAGGUGCCUGCUGGGUCUUUGUCAUAGCUUGAAGGGCAGCGGGAAGCACAGUGUCAUGUUAUUUAUGGUCUCUUCAUAUCUCUGCCUGUCAGGUGCCGUCAGACGCCUCUAUUCCCUCGGUGAAGCAUGGUCUCGGCACACAGUGUGGCCCACAGAACUAGAAAGAGCAAGUGUGCCUGGUACGGGCAGAUAAUAAAUACGGCACCCUUGUCCACUUACUUGAUUCGACUUUUUAAAUUGAAACAAUUUCCAACAUGCACAAUUUUUGCAAAAGUAGUGUAGAUAAUUCCCAUGUCCCCCUCCCCAGGUUCUCCCCGUGUUACCAUCUAAUAGACCCAGUGCACGGGUGCCCAAACUGACGGUAAGCCAACACCAGCACGGUGCAGUUAAACAGCUGUGCAUGUCAUUCUGACGGCACAAGUUUCUCCUCUGAUGGCCUCGUCCCAGCUGAGGACCCCGUGGAGGAUCCUGCUGCACUGAGUAGUCUUCCUUACGGCGACAGUGCCUUGUGCUUCCCUUCCCUCCUGACCUCACAGGAUGAGUGCUGGUCCGUCCUUUUGUAAACCGUCCCAAACUCUGAUUGUCUGUAUCAUAACAUCAAGUUCUGUGGCUUUCGGUCAGAGCCAUAGUGGUAGCAUGUCCGUCUCACCGUGUCCUAUCAGGGCAUGCAGAAUGUUACUGCGUCUUAGUUCCCAUGAUACUGGCCUUGAACAUCCGGUAAAGGUGCCAUCUGCCACUUUCCUCCAUGGCAGAAGGCUGUACCAUUUUUCCCAUUGUAGUCCGUAUCUGUGUUGGAGGAGAUACUUUAAAGACAUGUAAAUAUCUUUUUCUUCAAGCCACCCAGUCAUUUUUAGCAGCCACAGAUUAUUACUGCAGUAUCUUUUCUGUUCCUUUCAUUCUUUUGAUCUUUAUUGGAAUCCCUGUGAAAAACUUGCCUUUUUCUUGAUUUCCUCAUUCAGUUAUUUCUUACACCAACGAGGACACAUGAAUAUUUUAUUCUGUGGGUUAUAAUAUAUUACUGUUUUUAUUUUAUUACUCAAAUUCCUUUUUCAUUUGUUUUGUUUCAAGACAGGAUUUCCCUACAUAGUCCUGGCUACUCUGUAGACCAGACUAGCCCCCAACUCAGAGAUCCACCUGCUUCUCCCUCCUUAGUGCUGGGUUUAAAGGCAUGUACCACCAUACCUGGCUACUGAUCAAACUCCAUGUUGUUACUCAUAUAAUUAUCUGCUCUGUUCCAAGCACCAUAUGUACAACUCCAUAUAUAGUCUGCUUCGCCACUGAAACAUUCCUAACAGUAUUAGUCACACUUUUAAUUCAUUUUUUGUUAUGUUGAGACAAGCUCUCAUGUUUCCCUUGGCUAUCUUGGCACUCACUGUGUUGACCAGGCUGGCCUAAAAUCUCAGAUCUGCCAGCCUCUGCUUCCCAAGUGCUGGAAUUGAACCAUGCAACACUAUGUCCAGUUCUUGUUCAUGUUUUAUAGUCAAUAAACUGAGUCUCACAAAGAACUAAUAAUAGAAAGGGAAGUCAGGCCCAGGACUCAGAUUCCAUUCGAGAAAUCAAGCUGUCUUUUUGGAAACUCGAGCGUACAGCCAUCAGAUAAUAAAGGAAAUGGAUGCCGUCACUGAUGAAGUUUCACAUUGAAGUUAUUCUAGCUCACAGGGUGGCAAAUCACAGCCCAGCAAACCCACACACUGCUACAUUCCAGUGAGCACUGCUUGUGCACCUCCUCAGGCCUCAGAGCUGCCACACAAGUGAGCAAAGGAGACAGGACUGCACUUCACCUUCAGAGAUCCUGAUUGGAGCCCUACGAAGAGAGAGGAGAGCCGCUAGGGAAGUGAAAUGUUAGGGUCAAGCCAAACCCUGUUAUUUUCAUCCUUUGAACCCUAACAAGUGCGAUUUCCCUAUCCAAUGAUAAAUAAAAUGGAUCGCAUCAUAGCUUCCUAAUCCAGGCAUGUAACUGUGUGUCAUCUUAGACAAUCUAGAAAAACAUACACCAGGCAUAAGCUCCUAUGAAGACAUGGCAGUCUAAGCCUGGCAAAAUUCAGAACAAUCCACCAAGUUGCCCAUAACCCUGAGACCAUUGGGAAUAUUGGGAGUGUCCACCCUGCACACAUAACCACGUCCUGACUCUACACAUAUUUACCAUAUCUGCAUCCCUGCAGGUAAUAGGGAAAGACUAUUAGAUGUAAGGCAGUCCAAAUUUGUAAAGUGUGUGAUACUGCCUAAAAGGUAUUGUGACGGGCUGUCCUCCAAACAUUAGCUGCCAUCACUGUCUAAACCAGAACAACUGAUAUGACUGCUGUUGACAUUCCUGCAUAGAAUAGAUAGUUGGGAGAGUCGUUAGAUUCCAGCCACUCCUUUCUGCACCCUGCUCCCAUCCCUAUGUAGUUCUGCCCCAACUGCAUGUGGUUUUAGGAGUUAUUAAAACAUACAGUGUAGGUUUUAGUAUAUAGGUAGACCAUUCCCUGAAGAAUAGACCCCACCUAAGCCGUGAUGACAGAGUUACCCAUGCUGGGAUGAGAUUAAAGCCAUGUGGCUGUUUGGGGGUCCGUACCCCCCACCCCCUGCAAGGAAGCUCAGUUAAGUACACUGCAUUGGAAUCAUUACUUUUUCUGUCAUUGGUUCCCUGUCUCCAGUGAGUGUACAUAGAGAGUGUACAUACCAGGUUACACCGUGAUUAAGGAAAAAUAAAGACUAUGAUUUAAGAAAAUCCCUCCCCAAAUUUUUUAAUGAUACCACCACACAACAAGCUACUAGCCAAUGGGUGUCAGUCCAGAACAGUGGUUCUUAGGCAACUUCCCCUCUUAGGGUGCAUUUGCUUUUUUUUUUUCCUCUCUCUCUCCUCAAGACAGGAUCUCACUAGCACGACUAGCUUGGAACUCCUAUGUUGACCAGGCUGGCCUCAAACUCAGAGAUCCUCCUACCUCUGCCUCUCAAAUGCUGCAAUAAAAGGCAUGUGCCACUGUUGUUCUUGGUAUUUUACUCAUUUGUUUGGGGGGCCCACCACUCAGCUCCCAAAUAAUUCACACACGGAGGCUUAUUCUUACUUAUGAAUGCCCAGCCUUAGCUUGGCUUACUUUCUAGUCAGCUUUCCUUAACUUAAAUUAUCCCAACAACGUUUUGGCUCUGGGCUUUUCCUGUUCUCUUACUCUGUAAAUCUUACUCUUACUUCGUUGCUAGUUGUGUAGCUGGGUGGCUGGUCCCUGGAGAUCCAGAGAUCUUCUCUGGAUCCUCGCUCUCUCCUCCCACAUUUCUCCCUCUAUAUAUACUCUCUGCCUGCAAGCACCACCCAUCCUUUCUCCUGCCUUGCUAUUGGCCGUUCAGUUCUUUAUUAGACCAAUCAAGUGUUUUAUACAGGCCCAGUAACACGGGUUCACAGAGUUAAACAAAUACAACAUAAACAAAAGUAACACACCUUAAAAUAAUAUCCCACAACACACCACCACUGCCCAGCUUUAGGGUACAUUUGCAAUGCCUAAAAUUAUGUUUAGCUGAGUACUGGAGCAGGAGGCUACGACUGGCAUCCAGUGGGAAUGUGAAUGACACUAAGCUGGUUGAAUUCAGGGAUGCAGCUAAAUAUUCCAUGCCACACAACAUAUCUACUUGUCAAAAGUGUUGAGGAACGUUGAUUAUUAAUAAGCAAAGCAAAUGAAAUGUAUUUGCAAGUGUAAGUUGUGUUAUCUAGAACCGGAUUUAGGCCCACUCCAUGAGAUGGAAACCAUACUCAAAACUGCUGAACUGGCCAAGAACCUAAGGUAGAUCAUGGGCCCUAGGAAAAACAACCUGAGACUGGGGUAGGUCAUGAGCCCUAGGAAAAACCUACUACUAUUAUUCUGCUAAAGGAGCAUGGCAAUAAAAUCACCCCUAAUAACACAAUGCUAUGCCCAUAGAUAAGUGCCUCACUGGAUCCUCAGCAGAGAAGAUUCUUCUUGCAAUAGAUGAUAAUUAACACAAAGACCCACAGCUGGACAAUGUGCAGAGCGUGAGUCUUCAGAGCACUCAGUCCUAAGUGAGAUGUCAUCAAACCCCUCCUCUCAAGGCUCAGGGAUCUACGUAUGUGGAAGAGGAGGCAAAGAUUAUAAGAGCCAAGGUGAUGGAUGACUCUGAGGAAACAUUGUCUUCUAAACACAACAGGAGUGAAACACACAAAUUCACAGAGCCUGUGACAGCAUGCACAAGACCUGAGCAAGUUCAAACCAGACAUGAUCCCAGCACUGAGAAGGGCAGUGAACACAAAAUCCCACCCUAACCAAGAAGCUAUUUGUAGUCGAUACCUGCUGGGAAAGGAAAUACACUACGGAAUGUUCAGGAGUAUACCAACCAUACCCCAGGCCAGGACAGGAAUAGUUGGCCAAUAGAAAACAGAGUCUGGAGUUUGGGAGAUUUGUUUUGUUUUGUUUUGUGGUUAUUGUUUUUAUGGGGGUUUUCUUUUCAUUUUGUUUUGUUUGGGUAUUUUCUUUCUUAUUAGAUUUUUAUUUUCCAUUUUUUUGAGAAGGAAUAUGAGGUUGAAUAGGUAGGGUGGUGGGGAGGAGUUGGAAAGGAAAGAAUAUGAUCAAAAUAUGUUUGUAAGAAAAAAUUAAUGAAAAAGAUCAAAAAUUUAGAAAAGAGAGUGAAUAUAAAUAGGUGGGUACAUAAUGUGUACCUGGUUAUCUCAAGAACAUUGUCCUAGAAAUGUCUGUACUUCCUGCCUAUGAUGACAGGUUUUAAUAUGUCUACUUGGCUGAACCACAUGGUGCCAGAUAGUGAGGCAUUAUUCUGUGAGGUUGUCUAUGGUAAGAGUACAUUUAAAUCAUCAGACUUAAUUGAAUCAGAUUGCCGUCCAUUAUGUGAGUGGGAUUCACCGCCCCCCCCAUUUAAGACCUGCCCAGAACUGAAGGCUGAGUUCCCCCACCCCCAACUAACAGAAUUCUAACUGAAAAACUGACUCUUCCUGAGGUUAUGCCAGUCUGUUGGUCUUCAGAACUCAACUGGGACACUGACUGGACUCUGCAGAUUUUGGACUUGGCCUCUAAAAUUGUGUGAGACAGUUCUUUAUAAUAUAUACUUACGUGUCUAUGGAUUUGAUUUUCUGGAGAGGCACGAUUAACAACUACCCGUGAAGCUUUUUUAAGUUUGUCAUCUUGUUUUAUUAGAAGGCUAAGAAAUACUGUUCUUAAUGCUCUGUUACAGAAAUAAACGCUUUCGCUGAGCAUUAUCUGCUCCAACAUUGGAGCAGGACCUUAAGUCACAAACGUACCUGGUGUCUUGUGGGACAGUUUUAUACAGAUAAAUCUAAUCUUGUAGUCUGUGGCUGCUCUUUAAAGCCAAGCACUUAGCCAUGUUCAUUUAGCAAAACAACUAGCGGAUGCUAACUGUGUCCUCUGACAUCUCACACACGCUGUCUGGUGGGUGACAGCAGCAGCCUGUCUAGUGACCACUUGCAGAUUCAAAUGGCAUGCUGAAAUCUCCCAUGGGUGAUUUUCUUUUUGUUUGUCUGUUUUGCAAGUAUAAAGACUGAUUCUGAAUUGGAAACCUCCUACUGUAUAUAUUCGCAUUUACUUGAUAUUCUUUUAAAUCAGGUCCAUUUGUCAUUGACACACCAUGGCUUCUCUGCCGACUUUAUAAAAUUCAAAGUCUGUGUAAAGGAAUAUUUAUAAAUUGUUAACGGCCAAGGGAGAAAACCCUCAAACCAGAACUAAUAUCAUAUUGCAAGGCUGAACAUCCGAUGAUGCUUCACUAACCUCUAAAGAGUAGAUUUGAGAGAGGCUAAGGGGAGCCUUUUUCUUUCAAGGUUUUUAUUUUUAUUUUAUAUGUAUGAGUAUAUUGCCUGAAAUCAUGUGCAGGAGUAUUUUGUCUGUGCACCAAGUGCAUGCAAUGCCUGAGGAGGCCAGAAGAGGGUAUUGGAUCCCUUGGGUCUGGAAUUAAAGACACUUGUGAAGUGCCCUAUGGGUGCUGGGAAUCGAGCUUGGGUCCUCAGGAAGGGCAGCCAGUGCUUUUAACCAUUGAGCCAUCUCUCCAGCCCCAAGAGGAAAUGUUGGCAUCUACAUUUUCUGUCUGGAUCUUUCUUAUGUAUGAAAGAAAGAAAGAAAGCUAGUGACGUUAAAUGCAUGCAACUAUAGUCUGCAAAUUCCUGUUUGUUUCUCCUUUCUCCCUCACAAAGGCAGAGUUAGCUGUGGUCUCAGAGCAUUUUCCCAACUUAGUUCAUAUUUGUGUUAGGCAAUAGCCAUAUUGGGGGGAAAGCUGAUAGCCCUAACUUCAAUUGUAUUAAUCACCAAAGAUUUACACAAGUUCAUAAAGAUAAACUUAGGAAGCUUUUGCCUUGACUUAGCCAACAAACCUCAGAACCUUCCCAUAACAACUGCUUCUGAGUGUGAGCAGUUGGUUUUUAAUGCUGAGGCGAACUCUCUUAGGCCUGGCAUUUAACACAACAGGCUUACUGAACUGAAAUCAAGGGCACCCAGCAGUGACUAGAGAGAGCUCUGCUUACUGCAGGUAGCAGGUCUGCCUAGAGAACAAGACAGAACUUUACAACUUCAUGUCAUUCUUCAUGUAGCAUUAGCAUUAUGUGAUAGGACUACAAGUAUGAAUGUUCUAAAUAUCCCUAAAGUAUGUGAGUCACCUACAGGACCAAAAUGGAGAUGAUGCCCCAGUAUGACCUGUCCAGAAUGCCAGAAAACACAGCCCUGAAGCAGCAAACGUUGCCUGCCCACCAGCUAGAUUUAUCUGCCUCGGUGGUCCUCUCUAUCUUUUUUGCCACAGGAGGAUUCUGCCUCUGUAUGGGCAUCAUCCUUCUACUGUCUGCAAAGAGCACCAAGGAAAUCGAGAUUAAUUACACGAAUAUAUGUGGAGACUGUGCUCAGCUACGGGAAGACAGCUCGAACUCGGACAAAGAGUGCACUUGCUCUGUUCCCUUUUACCUUCCAGAGAAAAUGGAGGGUGAUGUUUACAUGUUCUACAAAUUGUAUGGUUUCUAUCAGAACCUCUAUCGAUAUAUUUUAUCGAGAAGCAACAGUCAACUGGUGGGGAAGGAUAUUUGGGAUGUUAAGAACUGUUCUCCAUUCCAGUUGUCCCACAACGGCACUCCCAUCAUUCCUUGUGGUGCAAUUGCCAACAGCAUAUUCAACGAUACCAUAACUCUUUCAUACAACCUUAAUGCAUCUAUAAAUAUAGAAGUCCCAAUGCUAAAGAGUGGGCUUACAUGGUGGACAGAUAAGUAUGUCAAAUUCCGGAAUCCAAGAGCCGGUGAUCUUGCUAGUGCAUUUGCAGGAAGUGCAAAGCCUCCGCAUUGGGCCAAACCUAUCUAUGAACUAGAUACAGAUGACCCAGGAAACAAUGGCUUCAUCAAUGAGGACCUCAUUGUAUGGAUGCGGACAGCUGCCUUUCCCACUUUCAAAAAACUGUACCGCCGACUCAAUCGUGUGCACAAUUUUGUUGACGGUUUACCUGCUGGUAACUACAGUUUCAACAUAUCCUAUAAUUUUCCAGUUACUGUGUUCCAGGGAGAAAAAUCUGUUGUUCUUUCCACCCUGACAUGGAUUGGAGGAGGUGGCCUUUUCUUGGGGCUUACUUACACAGUGACAGGGGCACUGACAUUGUUGGCCUCUUUCGCCAUCCUGGCAAUUUACUUGAUGCUGAAAAGGAAUAAAAAAAGUUUCCCGUAGGAGGGAAAUCAAGGUUUGUAAAGAAGAAUAGCAGAAGACAGAAAUGGACAACGAAGUAAAAGAACCAAAGAUCUCUGGCAAAGCUGGAAACAUUUCUGAGCUAUCUCAACAAGGGGUUACUGGAUUGACUGAAUCAAAUAUAAUCCCAACUAUGUGGAUAAAUAAUGAGAUUCCCAGAGUGGGGUGAAGAGAAGGAGGGAAGAGGAGGAGGAAGAGGAGGAGGAAAAUAUGUGCAGUAAAAUGUUCUUGGAAUGAAGACAAUAAAUGAUAUUUGAACUCUA